UCUACAUUGCUGUCAAUAUAUGAUGUGAAGGCUGCUGUUGUAGCGUGAGGCUCUACGGUCUGUCACCAUAUCGGCCUCUCAGCGAAGCCACGCCAGUAGUUGUUCACUGUUGUGAUAAAGUUAGCUUGUUUUCGUGACCUGUAGCAGAAGUUGGACGAUGCCUCUCCUCCGGACGUGCUCUGUACCUGAAGAGUCUGAGUAUUGAGUGACAUAAAAUAUUUUUUUAUCCUGACACAGAACUUUGGGGUCAUGGCUAAAGAUGCUGGUCUGAUGGAAACAAAUGGAGAGCUGAAAGUUUUCAUCGAUCAGAAUCUUAGCCCUGGCAAAGGUGUCCUGUCUCUGGUUACUGUCCAGCCUACAGCUGCUCCCAAACAGCUUCUACCCAAAACCCUCGGACCGUCUAACGUGAACGUUGCUACACACAUGCAACAUGUGCCACACAUGGUGAUUGGAACACCGCAAAGGCCGACGGUAUCAAACACGAUUUUAGUUAACAGUCCACACACGCCAAGUUCCCAGUUCCUAACUCAGAGUCAGCCCGCUGAUGCCUCGCCCUGGUCAUCAGGAAAACGGGGUAAGAAAGGGGAGAAAAAUGGGAAGGGCCUGAGGCAUUUCUCUAUGAAGGUGUGUGAGAAGGUGCAGAAGAAAGGAGUCACCACCUACAACGAAGUGGCGGAUGAACUGGUGGCAGAAUUCAGCUCUUCAGACAACCACAUGUCUCCUAACGACUCGCAUGUGUACGACCAAAAGAACAUACGGCGGCGUGUUUAUGACGCGCUCAAUGUGCUCAUGGCCAUGAACAUAAUCUCCAAAGAGAAGAAGGAAAUCAAAUGGAUCGGCUUGCCCACCAACUCUGCACAGGAGUGCCAAAACCUGGAGGUGGAGAGACAGAGGCGACUUGAGAGGAUUAAGCAGAAACAAUCACAGCUUCAGGAGCUCAUACUGCAGCAAAUAGCCUUUAAGAACCUUGUAAAGAGGAAUAAAGAGACAGAGCAGCAAGCAAACAGACCCCCGCCUCCAAACUCCAUCAUUCACCUUCCAUUUAUUAUCGUCAACACCAGCAAGAAGACGGUCAUCGACUGCAGCAUCUCAAACGACAAGUUCGAGUAUCUGUUCAACUUUGACAGCAUGUUUGAGAUCCAUGACGACAUCGAGGUGCUAAAACGUAUGGGCAUGGCCUGUGGUUUGGAGGUGGGGAAGUGCUCUCCAGAGAAUCUGAAAAUUGCACGGAGCCUGGUUCCAAAAGCCCUGGAACCCUACGUUAUAGAAAUGUCGAAAGGACCCAUCAGCAAUGUCUACAUAACUGGAGGCUCUUCAGCUAAUGGAGCUCGAUACACUGCAAGUGACGGCUGCACCGAUGGCACCAUGGCAUCCAGCUCAAAUGACUCUCACUACAGCGGCUCUCGCGUUGAGACCCCAGUUUCUUACAUGGGGGACGACGACGAUGAGGACGAGUACGAGGAAAACGACGACGAAGACUAACUCGCCCACAGCUCGCCACUCCAACGAGCACAGUCCUUCAAAACCACAGUCAUCAUGGGAGUUGAACCCCACCCUUUUUGUGUGCGCUUCUUGAACCCCUCUGUCCCAUGCCUGUAUUUCUGUCUGGCUUUCUCAGGGCUGUAGAUGAAUAUUGAACAAGCGGAGGCGGCGUUUGCACCCGUAAAGCUCUGCUCCUGAAUCACGUGCACCUGCAGCACAGCUCUGGGGGAGGUGUGAUCCAAGGGAACUGUAGUUGUUUUCUGACUCGUCCACCCGAAAUCUUUGUAUGUCUAACCCAUUUUUUAAUAAGCCAUCCCUCUAUAAAAACACACUGCUGUUGGAGAAUGUAAAAUGUUUGAGUAGUUACUCCUUAUUUUUAUUUUUUUUUUUGCUAUUAACCUUUGGCAGACAGACAUUAUGAUCAAAAUGUUUCCUAGUCUGCCUUAACAUGCUGUGUUUAGUACCCCACAGCGGGUCUUUAACGCCGUCCCUGACUGGGACUCCAUCCGACCCGUCUGUACAUUUUUUGUGUUCUGCACAGUGACUUCAAAUAGUUUCCCAUCAAGUUGGGUUGGCUUCCUCUUGUUCUGUAGGCAGCUGCUUUUUGAUCCUGAUUGCUAGUUUUGUUUUGUAUCUGUCGUUUGUUUUUGUAUUCCUGGAGUUGAGGAUUUUUUUUUUUUCACCACCGCCCUGUUAAUGCCUUGGUAGUGUUUACAAGAAAUGGCAGCAGCGAGGUAAAGACUCAUAACCCAGGCUCCUGAUAGGUAAAUAAGCUUUGUUUGUUAAUUAAAUAUAUAAAUCCUACAAAGAUUGUAGCUUAUAGUAUCCUGUAGAGGCCAGUGGUUAAGAUAGACCUUCAGAAAUUAUUGAUGUAACACAAUGUGUGGUUGUACGGAUCUUUGUGUAUUCCCUUCAAAGAUCCCCCUUUUAAAACUGAGCAACACAUGUACUGACUCUUCCAAAUACCUUUUUCUGUAAUCUAAUAUAAGUUUGCAAAUUAAAAUAUAGAUUGUUUUAAUAA